AUGCCGGAGCCGACUCGCCCGGUGUGCGCGGGGAAGAGCAUGGAGCAGCUGAAGAUCCGCCUCAAGCCAGAGCAGCCGUCCGUGAACUUGGGCGAGGACCUGCGUGGCCUCUUUCAGACUUGCCAGUUCUUCGACAUUGCUUUGGUCGUUGAGACGAUGCGAUUCCCCGCUCACAAAGCCGUUGUGGCCUCCUUGAGCGGACCGAUGCAAGAGUUUCUCAGGAAGUCGCUGGGUGGGGAGCAGUCCUGGGCCUUUGGCUCCGUGGACCAGCUCCCUGCCCUGGACUUGGAGGUCUCUGAGCCGAAGGCCGUAUUGAUCCUCUUGGACUUUGCCUACAACCUAGGCGGGGCCUUCGAGAUCGACUUCCAGGCACCGGAACCGGUGGACCUGCGCGACGCGCUUCGCGACGCGCGGGUGCAGCUCGUCCGUGAGGUGGACUCCUUGGCGCAGCAAGUGGCGCACGAAAACAUGUUGGAGAUCCUGGCCAUUGCGGUGGAAUUCGAUUUGAUCGGCUUGUACAAUCAUGCAUUUAAGAUCCUGCGUCUGAGUGGAUACCUGAAGGAAAUGUCCCAAAGUGAAGCUAUCCGGAACUAUCCGCACCUGAUGCAGCACAUGUUACUGCACUUCUCGGCGAGUUCGCAGCUCCAGUUGUGA